CCCCCUAGCUUCUGUUCGCGGGCUCCGCGCUCCGGCCUGCGACCGCUUGCACACACCUUUUCUAGCAGCCGAGCCCCCCGAGAGCCCCACGGCUCGUCCUCCUGGGCACCCCUCUCCCUUCUCCCGCACCCGGGCGGCCAUCCUGCCUGGAAGGAGCUCCCGAGAUGGCGCGGUGGGUUGUCCCCGAGUUGGGCAACGCGAGGCCUCCACGACCAGGAGGAGGAAGGAGCCGGCUUCCCCAUCCCGGUCCCUGGGUCCAGGAAGAGCAAUAACCAUCGCAACGAUCACUGCACCCUACGGCCGAGCUUCAGUGAACGGCUCUACAAGUGCUUUCGCCCAUAGUAAUCACUGAGCUGUUUACAGAGUUUUCACCAGCUCCCCAGGGAGGUGUCAUUAGCCCCAUUUUACAGGAGGGAAGUCGGGCCCAGAGGAUGUAUCAGCCGAAGCAGGCCUUCCCGAUCCAAAUGGGAACCCCAAAGCAGCCCUUGCUGGCUCCUGCACAUGCCCUAGGCGUGAGGAAGUCGGAUCCCGGAAUCCGGAGCCUGGGGAGCGACGCAGGAGGAAGGCGGUGGAGACCAGCAGCCCAGAGUAUGUUCCAGAUCCCAGAGUUUGAGCCGAGUGAGCAGGAAGACUCCAGUACUGCUGAUAGGGGCCUGGGCCCAAGCUUCACUGGGGACCAACCGGGUCCCUACCUGGCCCCAGGUCUCCUGGGGAACAUCGGACACCAACAGGGGCAGGCAGCCAACAGCAGUCAUCAUGGAGGCGUUGGGGCUAUGGAGACCCGGAGUCGCCACAGUUCGUACCCCGCGGGGACCGAGGAGGAUGAAGGGACGGAGGAGGAGCUCAGCCCCUUUCGGGGCCGCUCGCGUUCGGCUCCCCCCAACCUCUGGGCCGCGCAGCGUUAUGGCCGCGAGCUCCGAAGGAUGAGCGACGAGUUUGAGGGUUCCUUCAAGGGACUUCCUCGCCCAAAGAGCGCGGGGACUGCAACACAGAUGCGACAAAGCGCCAGCUGGACGCGCAUUAUCCAGUCCUGGUGGGAUCGAAACUUGGGCAAAGGAGGCUCCACCCCCUCCCAGUGAUCUUCCGCUCCACAUUCCCGGAACUCUACCCGCUCCCGACGCCCGCCAUAUUGGGUGUGGGCGGAAGCCUUCCGAAGACUUAGGGAUAAAAAGGAUCGCUGUGCCCCUUUAACAGGGAGAAGAGCUGGCCAACAGCUUGAGUCCCUUCUGGUGCGUGCAAUAGCCACGAAGGGGUGGUUCUCGUUGGAAGUUUCAAAGUUUCCGCCUCCCCAACUCAGCUUCCGGAAGUGACUUUUCCCCUCUCGGUUUCCGGGCUGCCCUCAGGCGCCUGCGCCAAGUUGAGAGCCGGGGUAUAAACCGUGACUUGGCUGCAGCCCUAUCAUUCGAACUGGGAGCCCGUGGUCGCUACGUGCUUUACAAUAAAGCCCGCGCCUGUGCUGCCGCA